UAGGCGGGUUAGGUGAGUGACACAACAGAUAUGUACAUUGCAUCCCUCUCCCUCUUUCUCGCUAUAAGUUGUCUCGCAAACCAGCUUCAUUUUCAAGUUCUGCAUCAUCUCCUUCUCCACUUCCAUUCACAGUCAUAAACAGUGGUCAAGCCCUGAGUAGGACCCGCAGAGCGCGCAAGUUAGCACACCAACCGCUUGACUUUCCACAAAAGCAUGAUAAUUACCGUGAAGGAGUCCACGCUGGUGAAGCCGGCGGAGGAAACACCGCGACGGGGCCUUUGGAACGCCAACGUUGACCUUGUGGUUCCGAGAUUCCAUACACCGAGCGUUUACUUCUACAGGCCGACUGGCGCACCGACUUUCUUCGAUCCAAAUGUGGUGAAGGAAGGGUUGAGUAAGGCACUCGUGCCGUUCUAUCCGAUGGCUGGGCGGUUAAGAAGAGACGAGGACGGUCGUAUUGAGAUUGAUUGCAAUGCUGAGGGUGUCUUAUUUGUUGUCGCGGAGACGAGCUCCGUCAUCGAUGACUUUGGCGAUUUCGCUCCCACUUUGGAGCUCAAGAAGCUUAUUCCUACCGUAGAUUACUCCGGCGGGAUAUCUACUUAUCCGCUCUUGGUUUUGCAGUUGACAUACUUCAAAUGCGGCGGAGUUUCACUUGGCGUUGGGAUGCAGCACCAUGUGGCUGAUGGGUUUUCUGGUCUUCACUUUGUGAAUACGUGGUCAGACAUGACUCGUGGUCUUGACCUUACAAUUCCCCCAUUCAUUGACCGAACCCUCCUCCGUGCCAGAGACCCACCACAGCCUGCGUUUCAUCACAUUGAGUACCAACCUCCUCCAGCCAUGAAGACUCCUGUAGACAACUCAAAACCCGACAGCACUACGGUCUCCAUUUUCAAGUUGACAAGGGAUCAACUUAACAUCCUCAAAACCAAGGCAAAGGAAGAUGGAAACACUGUAAGUUAUAGCUCAUAUGAGAUGUUGGCUGGCCAUGUAUGGCGAUCUGCUAGCAAAGCUCGUGGACUUGUUGGUGAUCAAGAAACCAAAUUAUAUAUCGCAACUGAUGGGCGGUCGCGACUGCAGCCUCCCCUCCCACCUGGUUACUUCGGCAAUGUUAUCUUUACAGCAACACCAAUUGCACAAGCAGGUGAGAUGCAAUCAAAGCCAACUUGGUUUGCUGCAAGGAAGAUUCAUGAUGCAUUGGUUCGCAUGGACAAUGAUUACUUAAGGUCAGCCCUUGAUUACCUUGAGCUUCAACCUGAUCCAUCAGCUCUUGUUCGGGGCGCACAUACUUUUAGGUGCCCAAAUCUAGGAAUUACUAGCUGGGUUAGGCUGCCUAUCCAUGACGCAGAUUUUGGAUGGGGUAGACCCAUAUUUAUGGGGCCUGGUGGGAUACCAUAUGAGGGUUUAUCAUUCAUCUUGCCUAGUGCAACUAAUGAUGGGAGCUUAUCAGUAGCCAUUGCAUUGCAAACUGAACACAUGAAACUGUUUGAGAAGUUGAUCUAUGAAAUUUAAGAAAAUGAACUUCUGGCAAUAAAUCGAGCCAAAAAAUUCAUGCAGUACCAGAUUUCUCUUUUCCUUUAUUUCCUUGGUGAUUGUGUUUCUUCCAGUCAUAUUCCCAUACACAUUGACAUGGUUAAUUUGAGGAAGAUAUUUCAGAGAAAAGUCCCCUUUUAGGAGGCUCUUGUUGUACACCUGUGCAUAUAUAGACUUUUGGCAAGGGAAAAUUGUAUGUCUAAUUUGAUAUAAUAAGUGUAAUUCUGUUGAAUGCUGAGGUUAGACUAAUUUGCUGGCAUUACUUGAUGUUA